AGCAUCUGCCUUUCAAGUGUCAAAUGUUCAUGCCAAUUUGAUCCUGACCACCCUAACCAAAAUGGAGAGAAACCCUUGUGACCGUCUCUCUCUGGCCCUCUUGGCGAUCGUCCUCUCCAUCACAUUCUCCUCCGUGACUCGUUCCCAUGCCCAACUCCCUCCAUACGGUUUCCCUCCAAGCUUCCCUAAUCCUAGGCUUGCCAAGGCUUACAUUGCCCUCCAAGCCUGGAAGCACGCCAUCACCGCGGACCCGAAGAACUUCACCGGGAACUGGUGCGGCCCCGAGGUGUGCAACUACACUGGGGUGUACUGCGCCGCGGCCCCCGGCGACCCGCACAACCUCACCACGGUGGCCGGCGUCGACCUCAACCAUGGCGACAUCUCCGGGUCGCUCCCAGAGGACCUUGGCCUCCUCGCCGACCUCGCGCUGUUCCACAUCAACUCGAACCGCUUCCACGGGUCUCUCCCCAAGAGCUUCCGCGGACUCCGCCUCCUCUACGAGCUCGACGUGAGCAACAACCUCCUCUCCGGCGAGUUCCCCGCCGUGGUCUUCGACCUCCCUUCCCUCAAGUUCCUUGACAUACGCUUCAACGGGUACCAUGGCAAGGUGCCGGCCAGGGUUUUCGACUUGAAGCUGGACGCCUUGUUCAUCAACGACAACAACUUCAGCUUCAGCCUGCCGCCAAACAUCGGCAACUCACCGGUCUCCGUCAUCGUCUUGGCGAACAACAACCUCAACAGCUGCCUCCCCUCGAGCAUCUCAAACAUGUCAAAGACCCUCAACGAGAUCAUCAUCAUGAACUCGGGGUUGACUGGGUGCUUGCCGCCGGACAUCGGGGCGCUGAAGAACGUCACGGUCUUCGACGUGAGUGGCAACGACCUGGUCGGGAAGUUGCCACACACGAUCGGGCAAAUGAUGAGCUUGGAGCAAUUGAAUGUGGCUCAUAACAAGCUAUCCGGCGAAAUCCCGGAGAGCAUAUGCUCUUUGCCUAAGCUGCAAAACUUCACUUAUUCAGAUAAUUACUUCUGCGGAGAGCCAGAGAAAUGUCUCAAGCUGCCAAGCGAGGAUGAUAGAAAGAAUUGCAUUCCUGAGAGGCCGCUCCAAAGGUCAGACGAAGAAUGCGCGGCCUUCUAUUCCCACCCCGUUGACUGUGGAGCCUAUGGCUGCUGGCCCCAAACCCCGACACCGUCGCCGUCGCCGCUGUCGCCAUCGGCUCCUUCUCCGUCUCCGCUGCCUCCUGACUUCCACUAUUAGUCUUGCUCACCGGACACAGAUUUAUCGGAAAAAAAAAAAAGAAAGAGAGAAAAAGACUUGUCAUAACUACCUUUUUUUAGGUUUAAUUUCUUAACCUAUUGUGUUGCUUGUAGAGGAGGGUCUGAGGUUGGACCCCCUUUGUUUGCACGAGGAAAAAAAAAAAACAUGGAAGUUUUA